AUGUUUCAACGAUACUAUGGCAGAGUUACUCGUGGAAUGAGCUUUCAAUAUCGGAUGAGAUGCCGUCAACAAGGUGGUUGUAUGGCCUUCUACAUGUCUACGAAUACUGCCCAAAGCGCCUCCUCUGAUGAGACAGGACCAACAAAACCGUAUGAGUCGAGAUUGGAAAAUUUGUACACUAAACAUCAAGUGGCUGAAUUCUGCAGGGAAUCAAGCAGGGUUCAGCGGCACAUCCUAGUGGACCCUGUUUUUGAUAAGGCUAUUCAACAAUACAUAUGCACAGAGGAUGCGUUUCCCGACUCCUAUGAGCAAGCUGCUCGUUGGGUGUAUGCUCGUGUGGAAGGACAACUUUUGAAUCCACAAGACACUUUGAAAUAUCCAUUAUCCCGUCAGGCAAGUGCCAUCCAAUGA